UCGUGGAAUUGCGGCGCCGCUAACAAGAACGUCGAUGUAUGUUACAAUACGUGGCUUAUUGUUUAUCUCCCCCAAAUUUAAAAAGUGAUGCGUAGUCUAAGCUAGUCACUAGAUCCUUUUAAACUGAAGUGCAACAUGUUGGCGUCGCUGCUAGAGCUGGGACUAUAUCUGCUCUCUGGAGUGCUUGUGACCGCUGUUGUGUCUCUGGCAGUGCUUAUCUACAAGACAAAACCAUACCCCGACAUAACACGGCAUAAAGAUGAACAAUUUUACCUAGAUCCGAACACAAUUAAAACUGUUGCAUUUCCCAGUAUAGAAGACACGCCUGCCUUGAAGCUCAGUGUCAUCGUACCGGCUUACAAUGAGGAGAAUCGAUUGCCGGCCAUGCUUGACGAGUGCUUGGCAUUUCUGGAGGAGAAGGCGGGUCGAGAGCCUGAUUUCAGCUAUGAAGUAAUUGUAGUCAGUGACGGAAGCAGCGAUGCAACCGUAUCUGUUGCACUGAAGUAUUCGAAAAAGCAUGGCGCCGAUAAAGUUCGUGUGCUGGAACUUGUCGAAAAUCGCGGCAAGGGAGGCGCUGUGCGAUUGGGCAUGCUAAGUUCCCGCGGUUGUCAACUGCUCUUUGCUGAUGCUGAUGGAGCCACAAAAUUUGCGGACUACGAUAAGCUGGCCGAGGCAUUGACGAGCCUAGCGCCAGAGUGGCGUCACGAUGGCAUUGCAAUUGGUUCCCGCGCACAUUUAGAGGACGACUCUAUUGCCACCCGCAGCUUCUUUCGCACAAUAUUGAUGCACGGAUUUCAUACGCUUGUGUGGCUAUUCGCUGUUCGGUCCGUUCGUGAUACGCAGUGCGGUUUUAAGCUCUUCACACGCACAACUGCUCGAAAGCUAUUUAAAAGCCUGCACGUGCAGCGCUGGGCAUUCGAUGUUGAGCUGCUGUAUCUCGCCGAGCAUCUGCAAUUGCCUAUGUCUGAGGUGGCUGUACGAUGGACCGAGAUCGAUGGAUCAAAACUCACACCCAUUUGGUCGUGGCUGCAGAUGGGCGUGGAUUUGUUUAUGAUCUGGUUGCGAUAUUUAACAGGCGCUUGGCGCAUUGCUGGUUCCAAUAAAAAAGAUUAGAUCGGUCAUCGCAUUUAGAUAUUUAAACAGUUUUAUGGCCAGUCUAAGCUUAAGUUUAA